AUGGCCCCCCAACUCGACAGCUACUUCCACAAGGUGGACUCCCUGUCCGACCACUUCAUCGAGCGCCUCCGCCAGGCCGUCGCCAUCCCCUCCAUCUCGUCCGAGGCCGCCCGCCGCCCUGAUGUCGUCCGCAUGGGCCAGUGGCUCGCCGACGAGCUGACCAAGCUGGGCGCCACCGUCGAGCUCCGUCCUCUCGGCAAGCAAGAGGGCACCGACCUCGACCUCCCUCCCGUCGUCCUCGCCCGCUACGGCAGCGACAAGAACAAGCGCACCAUUCUCGUCUACGGUCACUACGACGUCCAGCCCGCCGAGAAGAGCGACGGCUGGGACACCGAGCCCUUUGACCUUACCGUCAAGGAGGACGGGCGCAUGUGCGGCCGUGGCGCCACCGAUGACAAGGGCCCCGUCCUGGGCUGGCUCAACGCUAUUGAGGCUCACAAGGCCGCCGGCGUCGACUUCCCCGUCAACCUCCUCAUGUGCUUCGAGGGUAUGGAGGAGUACGGCUCGGACGGUCUCGAGGAGCUCGUCAUGGCCGAGGGCAAGAAGUACUUUGCCGAUGCCGACGCCGUGUGCAUCAGCGACAACUACUGGCUCGGCACCGAGCGCCCUUGCCUGACCUACGGUCUCCGUGGCUGCAACUACUACAGCGUCGAGGUUUCCGGCCCUGGUGCCGACCUUCACUCUGGUGUCUUUGGUGGUACCGCUCAGGAGCCUAUGACUGAUCUCGUCCGCAUCCUCGCCUCGCUCGUCGACACCGACGGCAAGAUCCAGAUCAAGGGCAUCGCCGAACAGGUCGCCCCCGUGACCGACGAGGAGGAGGGCCUGUACAACGACAUUGCCUUUACCAUGGAGACCCUCCACGAGUCGCUCGGCAGCAAGACCACCAUCUUCGAGGACAAGAAGCCGACCCUCAUGGCCCGCUGGCGCUUCCCUUCCCUGUCCGUCCACGGUAUCGAGGGUGCCUUCUCCGCCCCCGGAGCCAAGACCGUCAUUCCUGCCAAGGUCAUCGGCAAGUUCUCGAUCCGUACCGUGCCCGACAUGGACAUUGAGAAGACCAACCAGUGCGUGUACGACCACGUCAACGAGGUCUUCAAGAAGCUCGGCUCCAAGAACACCAUGAAGGUGUACGCCCAGCACUGCGGCAAGUGGUGGAAGGCCAGCCCCAACCACUGGAACUUUGCUGCCGCUGCCAAGGCUACCGAGCGCGUCUGGGGCAUGAAGCCCGAUUUCACUCGCGAGGGUGGUUCCAUUCCCAUCACCUUGACUUUCGAGGAGGCUACCGGCAAGAACGUCCUUCUCCUGCCCAUGGGUAGCUCCACCGAUGGUGCCCACUCCAUCAACGAGAAGCUCGACAAGAGGAACUACAUUGAGGGCAUCAAGCUCUUGGGUGCUUACUUGCACUACGUUGCUGAGGAGCCCAUGAACGCUUAG